AUGCCGCUCGACGACUACGCCUCCGCCGUCGGCGGCGGCCUCAAGCUCAAGGGCGCCAAAGUGAUCAAACCGAAAAAGAAGAAGAGACGCGACAAGACCGAUCUCGAAAAGAACCUCGAGACGGGCCGCGACGAUGGCGGCAGUACUGCGCUGGUGAAGCAUCGCGAAGAAUCAGCCGGCGACUCGAAAUCAAAAUCGAAGAAGAAGAGCGGGAGAGGGAGCGAAGAUCCCGAGGAGAACCGAGAUGACGAUGACGACGAGGAAGAGACCGGCGGUCGGGUCGUGCAAAAGACGGACGCGGAGAGGCGGUACGAGGAGAGGAAGCGCAAGAGGCUCCUCGAACUCGCAGAAUCAUCAAGCUCCCGCCCCGAGCUCCUCAAGACGCACAAGGAACGCGUCGAGGAGCUGAAUACCUACUUGUCGAAGCUGAGCGAGCAUCACGAUAUGCCCAAGAUUGGACCCGGUUGA